AUGAACGACGACGACGACGUCUUCUUCUUUGCGGCGGCCGCCGUGCACCCUACCGCAGGGUACCUCUUUGCCGACGAGCUCGACAUGCAGUGCUCAGCUCUGGACGAGCUGCACGCGAUGCUGCUGCAAGAGCCGACGGAACGGCCUUUUGCGUCGAGUUGUUGCACGCUGUCGACUGCGGUCGUGGAGUGCGUGUCGCCCACUUCGCCCUCUUCUGUCACGCACCUGCGGCCGUGCGGAGACAGUGACGAGACGUCUCUACUACCAAAGCACAUUGACGACAUUGACCGGUCAGGGGGGCGGCCCUCGACGUGUACCAACUACAACUCAGCAGUUAUCAAACCGGAAGUUGCUGCUGCUGCUGCAACAAUAACAGCAGCAGCAACGACAGUAACAACAACGACAUUGCGAUCCACGUGUCCCCCAGAGGUACCACUGCCCGCCGUCGCUCACGACGUCGUCGAGACGAGCGACGACGAAGACAGAGAGCGACUUCGACGACGUCAAAGGGGCUAUGAGAAGCGCUAUCGCGGCCGCAAACGACGCGACCUCAAGAUGCAGCGGGACCUGUGGCUCGCGCUCGAGAUGAAGCUCGACGACGCGCGCAAACGCGUCUGCCGGCCGUACGUGCGCGUCGAGGCGGCGCCCAGGGACGCGCUGCGCGUGCAGCUGCUGCUGCUGAAGCUCGAGGAGCGCGCGCUGCGACACGACCGCGUCGCCAUGCGGUCGCUCCAGGCGUGGGAACACAUCUCGCGCAUCCGCGAGUACUCGGACAAGAACCAGCUGCGGACGGCGAGCGAGUGGCGGCACAGCGCCGAUAAGGUCAUUGGCCGCUGUGCGGUGCUCGGCCCCCGUCGGUUCCAUCCGUACGCGCCGCUGCUGCAGCGCCACUUUCGCUGGUAA